CAGAAUAGAUACACUAGCAGAUCAUAGAUUAUUUAUUUUCUUGUUUAUAAGAUUAAAUUAAUGUUACAUUUUCGUAUUAUUACCCAUAAAUUCGUGUUUAAUUUAUAUUACAGUUUUUAAAUUCAUGAAAGUUCCUUUAUGUAAUAAAAUCUUAGUUUAAAUACAUAUAUAGUAUUCUAUUAAUUUCACGAUUAUAAAAAUUAUGACAUUAUUGUCACACGAACGUUAUUAAUAUUUGGUUUUACGUUUAGUAAACGAAACCAAUUUAUUAUCGGUUUAAAUAUUUAAAGUUUGUUUCCAAAUUUUUUGAAUACCAUGAAUGAAAUAGAAAUAAAUGAGGCUCUAGCCUCUUUAGAGGUUCUAAUGUCCGAGUUUUUUGCGCCAACAACAAACAAUUACAGGAAGAGAGAAAUAGAAGGCAUGUUGGAAAACUUUUCUAACCGCAGAGAUUCUUGGAAACAUUGUUUGGUGUUUUUACAAAAAUCACAGAAUCAGUAUGUUCUGAUGUUUACAUUAACAACACUAGAGAAUGUUAUAAAUAAACAAUGGAUCAGCUUAACAGACAAUGAAAAGACAGAAAUAAGGUUAACGCUAUGGAAUGAGAUAAUGACCAAACAUGAAGUAAUGCUGUACUUUGUCAGAAACAAACUCUGUGCACUUAUGGUGUCAAUAGCGAGAUAUGACUGGCCUGAACACUAUCCUGACUUCUUUAGUAAUAUAGUGGAACUCAUAAAGUGUGAUGGGCGUCGUUGUCUCUUGGGACUUGUGCUGGCACAAGCGGCGAGUGAAGAGUUGGGGGCCGCGCGUGACACAGGUGUCCUGCUACCCUCGCAACGACGUCUACAACUUGAGAGGCUUAUGCUUAAAGGGAUGCCACAGAUGUUGGCUGCACUUAGUGGCAUCUUAGAAAAGAAUACUCAAGAAGGCCAAUCUAAUCCACCACCAUCACCAACAAGUGGUAUACCACAGUCAUCUGCACUUCCAGAUUUGUUAGCAAAUGCUUGUGAUACUCACACCACUGAUAAAUCUCUCACAAAUGAAAUAAUAGUAAAGUGUUUAACAACACUACAACAUUUGUUUUCGUGGCUACCACUGUCAUCCCACGUGCCCCCGUGUCUUGUUACUACUGUUUUUUACUGGGGUAGUAUUGCUACACAAUCACAGAGCACGGAGGCGGGCGUGGCGGGGCUGGGCGGCGUGUGCGAGCUGCUGUAUCGGCGGUACGCGCCGCCGUCGUCGGCCGCCACCGCGCUGCGCCUGCACCACUGCGCGCUGCGUCUGCUGCGUCACCUCACGCACCACGACCAGCGCCAGCCGGUCCCGCCGGUGCUGCGUGCCAACCAUGACUAUCUUACCAAGUUGGCAGAAUUUCUAAAGUUGUUUGUGUCAUUGCAUUUCAAAAGACUAGAAGCUGAGCCUGAAUUUGAUGCAAUUGAAUUUUUGUCUUAUCUAUUCCAAUAUACAUUCCAGGUACCCACAUGUGCAAUAUUUGUUAAUUGUUUAGAUGUAUGGAUACAGUUAAUUGACAUACUCAAGCCUGAAGACACAGUCAAGUAUUGGGAAGCUCUCCAGGCCCUAGUAAAUGGUAUACUCAAUAAAAUACAAUUCCAACACAACAAAGCGCAGCUUCAGCAUUUAGACAACAACGUGUGCGAUGAUGACGGCGAAACUGAAUGGCAUACAUUUCUCAAACAUUGCAUCGAAUGCAUCGCUCGAGUGGCCGAACUAGCGCCGCUGGAUUUUUUUACUUCCGUGACGGAGCAGUGGCAGUGCCUGGCGGACGUGCACGCGCGGGCGGCGGGGCGGCCGACGGCGACCACGUCGCCGGAGGCGGAGCGCCUGCUGGCCGCCUUGCUCGACCUCGCCACGCUCACGCGUCUGCUCGGACGACUCGCACCCGCCCUCCUUGCAGAGGUGGAUCGUCAGCGGCGGGGCGGUGCGGGGGGCGGCGCGGGGGGCGCGGCGGCGGCGGGCGGGGCGCUGGUGGAGCGCGCGGCGGCGGCGCUGGCCGGCGCCGCACUCACGCGCCCGCACCGCGCCGCCUGCACCUACGCGCACGCACGCGCCAACAUACAAGUUCACGCAGAGAUGUUUGCAUGCAUGGGAGCAUGGUGUUGUUAUGCAAGCGAGUGUGGUGUGCCCGUUCGUACAAUGGAAGGAAUCUUCGCGUCGGCCGUACCGUUCCUGAUGCCUCAGGAAAUACAAGAACCACCACUGUUAUCCCACGCGGCAGCCCAUCUACUGUUGAGUUUAUCGAAGAACAUCAAAUUUAUUCACGACCCUAUAUCUCUAGUGGGUGAUUUAUAUACUCACGCGCAACGUACUUUAAAUUAUUUGGAGCCAAAGACUGCGGCGGUGAUCCGCGAAGCGCUGCUGUCGCUGACGCUGUCCCGGGGCGCGGGCGGGGCCGGGGGCGGGACGUCGUCGGGGGCGGCGGGGUGUGCGGGCGGUGCGGGGUCGGCGGGGGGCGAGGCGGCGCGCGCGCUGCUGUCGGCGUGGACGGCGCCGCUGCCGACGGCCGGGCCCGCCGCCACGCUGCCGCCGCUCACCACGCUGCUGCACUCCUUCGCACACGCCUCCACGCCCGCAAAGAAGAUAAUCGCUGAAGGCAUACAGGGUGCGGCAGAGACUUCUCUACGUAUGUUGUGCGAACCGACAUACGCUGCCGCCGAGCCUGAAAUCACGGAGUUCUUCCUAGCAUUGUUUACGGCACUUUUACCACAGUUGGGCAAUUUCACCUACACAGCUAUUGAUGUGUUUCUUGAAGUAGCACAAAGGGGCGGCGGUGACAACAGUCUGGAGCGGCUGGUGGAGUGUGUGCGGCUCGGAGUGGAGGCUGGAGGCGGCGGCGUGCGCGUGCGCGCCGUGCUCGCGCUGCUGCACCAGCACGCGCUGCCACGCGCGCACGACAACGCGCCCGACCUCGCACGCGCCGCACACCGCCUGCUGGCCAGCGUGCUGAUCCACCGGUGGCGGUAUUUCUUCGUGCACAAGUGCGAGGGCGAGGAGAGUGCACGGCGGUCGGGCGAGCUUCGGGAUGCGCUGGCGGCACUGGGCCGCGCGCUGCUGCAGCCCGACCUCGACCUGCUGCGGAUCAACAUGGACACGUUGCACGUGCUCAACCACAAAUGGAAACUCUACCACAAGGUGAUAUUCCGUACGGAGUUCCUGGCACAGUUCCUGUCGGUGCUGCUGGCGACGCUGGUGGAGGGCGGGUCUCGAGCGCUGCUGCGCGAGGAGGUGAUGGGCGCGCUGCACGCGAUGGCGUCCGUCGACUUCACCACUUUCCGACAGGCCUUCCUGCCACAUUUCCUCAACACCCUACCUGGUCUCUCGCCGCAGCAUAUAGAGGAGCUCUCCAAUUUUCCACCCGAUACGGAUUUACCAACUUUCACGCAGAACAUCCAACGGCUUAUGAAUGACGUGAAUUGCUAUAGAGCGUACAAUGCUCUCACACCCGCCAACGUGCCAGCAUAGCGGUUCUCUGCUUACUCGAUAGAGAUUGACCCGCCAUCGGAAUAAUUUCCAAAUAAUGUGAUAUUUUAUCAUAGAGUUUUAUAGUACCUAUAGUGUACGAUGUAUUAAUACAGGCGAAAAUGAUUUUUGUGUAUCUUUGACAUUGAAUGUCACAUUAGUCAUUGAAAAGCAGUAGCAUGCUUUAUAAGGAGUUAAUGAUUGAUAGUUUAAUUAUGGUCACUGCACCGUGAUUAAGUUACAGUUAGAAGUAUUACAGUCUAUUCUGCAUUUCUUUUAGCUUAAGUAUAGCUUUUUAAAUUAUAUUUGAUUACGUGAGUCUCUCCAUUGCAUAUUAUCUAUGGUAUUAUAGGCUAUACUAUAAUGUAUACAAAGUAAAAAAAAUAUUACAAGAAAUUGUUUGACCGCUUUUAUAAUCAUUAUUAUUAUAUAUGUCAAAAUAGCAAACUAAACUUGCAAUGGCAAAUUUCUUAAUAUAUAUUUUAAUUUCUCUGUGUUAAGUUUAAGUUAUAUUAUUUCAAUCCAUUAAUCUCUCAUCCUAUUUUGCAAUGAAAUGUGGUCAAAUGUAAGUGUUGUGUUGACACAGUGCUUAGAACACUUUUUUUAUUAUUUUAUGAACAUGUAACUUACCACAAAUAUAUUGUAUGGUAAAUUAUUUAAAGUAAGAUUAUUAAUUCCAGUCAGUAAAAUGACAUUUCCAGUGUUGCAGGUUUUUAGUCCCAAAUAAAUAGUGAUGUGGUAGAAUCAAGUUUUUACAAUUAAAAGUUAGUCGAGAUUACAUUUUUUUUUUGCAAUAUCAAUUUGCCUUUAUAUAAAUAAAAAAUCUAGUAUUAAUUUCUCUGAAUGUCUUUUUACAUUUUGUCCCAGCUUUUGUAAUAAUGUUAUAGUGAGAAAUUUUAAUAUGCUGGUAAGGUCCAUAUUUCUAAAAUCGUAUUAUUUAAUACGAUAUGUAUUAAAUAUUAAAAAUAAAAUAAA